UGACCGUUUGACUUCACUUUAAAACAUCCGCUUUUACAAGAUAUAUGCAUGGCCAGGAAGCUUGUAUUUUCAUUUUUUUCAUGAUGACUUCGACAUUCUUUACUUCCGCGUAUGAGUCAGCGUUCUUGUAAAUGCAGAACAUCGUCUGACGGCCUAUUUUGGUUGAUACAUGUCCUGAAAGCUGAAAUACUACACGGCCAUGAAAUUCAAAGGAUUCUGGUUCUCGAUGCUGGUAUAUAAGUAAUAUAACUUCGCUUUUCUCUUACAAGGUAUUGCUGGAUUUUUCUUGAAACAUGUUGAAACAGGAAAGUGUAUUUAUGAUACAAAGAUAGUACAGUCAAGAUAUCCACUACCAACUGGGGGAGAAAGGACACUUCACUUCUUGGAGCUUUCCGACAACUGUCUUCAUCCAGCAUCUCAGUUCAAAUUUCUAAAUAAUGAUGCCGUAUUGAAGUUGAACGUAGCAGGUUGUCUUCAGGGAGUUUAUAAGGCAGGAAAUGGUUACUAUCUUGAUAUGCUAUAUAUCCACACUGAUACACACAACAUUAAUGACGUUGCUUGUGUCAACAACAAUGCUGUAACCCAAACCUCUUGGGGAGGUCUAGCAACGCGGUACGACCGCGCUGGAUAUCAAUUUCGAUGUUUAAGACCUCGUACUUCUAAAGAACUAAAAGACAUUCAAGGAGUUGAUCCUUAUUUGAAAAUGGCUAGUUGUAAAUUUACACCUAAAAAGCAAUUUCAUUUCGGUUCCGUGACUUGCGCUCGACAAAAAAUAAUGUACGCCAGCUGUCGUAAAAGACAAUAUAUGGUAGUAAAGACUGCAGAAUAUCGUGGAUUGAACCAAGGAAAUGUUUGUGGUUCAAGUUACUAUUACAACUGUAGUGUUGAUGUUACGUGUCGUCUAAAAAGACUUUGUGAUGGCAAACGAGAAUGUAAUGUAACUGUCGAUGAUAAUCUUUUCCCUUCAAAAAGUUGUCUUGGUUUGGACAAAUAUCUUUACUUUGAAUAUCAAUGUACCUCUACCAUGACGUCAUUCAAUGAAACUUGCAUUGAAGAUAUUCAGUUAUCACAGUCGACAUUACCCAGCGAAGGUUUUAUGAAACUUUUUACUAAAGAUGACAGGGAUUUCGCUGUCUGUAAAAGUUCCUUGGAAAAUGUCAAAGAUAAUGUUUGUCGUUUUCUUGGCUACCCUAAAGCCGAUCAAAUAAUGGGGAAGACUUCCCGUAGUUCAAUGUCUAAAGCUGGAGAAGUAAACUGCAGAGCUACUGUGGCACCUUCAUUUCUAUGUACGGUUACACCAAGUAGUGGCUGUUCCGAGUAUUCAAUUUUAAAAUGUCAUGUUUGUGAUGAUCCGCUCUUACAAAACACACAGAAGUUCCCGGACUCUUUGUUUGCUGCCUCGACCCAGGACCAUAGCGCAAAAGCUGCAAGAAUAUCCAGUGGCAGUUCGUGGUGUGCUCCUGCUGCUGAUGGCAAUCAUUAUCUUCAACUGAAUUUCCCAAGUCUUUAUACAGUUAACGCUAUCGCAAUCUUUGGAGACAGUUCAAGUUCAAGCUUUAUAACUGAAUAUCAUUUGCUUACAAACAUUGACGGUGUUAAUUGGAACUCUGAAAAAUACCAAAAGAUUAUACAACAAAAUUGGAAUGGUUACAAUGAUGUAGCUAUAGAGAAAUUUUCUCGUGGCAUUAAAGCUAAAAGCUUGCGAAUAGUUCCGGCGAAGUCUAUUGGUAAACCGUGUUUACGAAUUGAAGUUUGUGGGGGAGACAUGCUACCACACAAACCAACACAUCUUACUGUGAAUGAAGUUGCAUCAAGAUACCUCAAGAUAACCUGGAAAGAUCCCGAAAUCACUGGUAUGAAACUUGGCACAAAUAUCUUGAAUCCUCUGACCAAAGUUCGAUUAAUAGUGCUGAAGGAUACUGUCGUUAUUUUUAAAAAAACUUGGGAAGCAACUCUAAUUAAACCUUACAAAUUAGAGAAUCUCAUUCCUUACACAACGUAUGUGAUAAAUGUAACCGCUGGCAACUCUGAAGGUUUUGGUGGAUCAAUUAAAGCUAGUUUUACCACUGCUGAAGAUGUUCCCGAAGGUCUACCUUUAAAUGUUAACAUUUUCGCCAUCAACAGUUCAUCGUUAUCAGUCACGUGGAAGCCACCUGAUGUAAUCAAAAGAAACGGAAAGAUAGUCAGUUACACUGUUUGUAUUACGCAAUUGGAGAAUGAAACGUGUUCAACGAACUAUACCACCAAGGAACAGCAUUUUCAAAUAAUUAAUAAUGUGAAGCCAGAGACAAAAUAUUAUGUUCGCGUUUUAGCGUCUACGAUAGUGGGAUCUGGAAUUUACAGCAAUAGUACAUGGGCAUUUUCAAAUGGAGUGGCACCUGUACUGCCCACGACGCAGAUUGGAAAUACAUUGACUUAUUUUUUGCAAAAUCCAACUUUGGAAUAUCGAUAUUUCGUCGUAGUAGUGAUGGAAUAUGGCGAAGAAGAGAAUCGUUUCACUUCUAACUUCAAAAACACAGACUUAAUGACUUAUUCUGAGGCCAUUGCCGCCACGCAACCAACGCCGUAUAUUGCCGCCGUAAUGUCUCGCGGAAAUUUUAAGUCUGAGUUCACACUUGGGGAUAGCGGAAACACAAGUCUUGCAGGGACAAGAAGACGGCGUUCUAAUGGUAAAAUUUAUUAUAAUGGGCCGCUGAAGCCCGGCACUAACUACAGAAUAUUUCAACGCGUUUUCUUAAACGAUCAGGGGGAUUAUUAUUCUACGGACUGGAGUCCAGUGGUAGCAACUGCCCAAAAGCGGAAGUCAUCAGACGGCGGAAAUCCUGGAGCUAUUGCAGGUGCAGUUGUGGCUGCUGUUUUGGUCAUUGUUCUUAUCGUAUUGGUCAUUCUGUUUGUGAGAAGACGGCGUAAUGGAAGGAAACGUUCUGGGUCCGUUAAAAAAUCAAAUGUAGAAAAGGUCAGAAAUCACGGACCAUCUGUAAUGAAUCAAGUAUUUGUUGGAAGCCAUAACAUUGGAAAUAUCAACACUCCUGAUAACAUCAAUAGCCCGAUGAACAGACAGGAUGAAUCAGUUCUUCUCCUGAAUGAAGAGAAAGUUUACGAGAACAAUGCUGCUAUUACCGCCAAGGAUCGUCAACCAAUUCCCAUAGCAAUGUUCGAGAGACACGUGAGGAAACUGAAGCAUAACAACAUGAAGGAACUAAAGUUAGAGUUCGAGGAUUUACCAAAUGGUCAAAUGUCCAAUUGGGAUGUCGCGAAGAAACCUCACAAUACUUCAAAAAACCGAUAUGGAAACGCUGUCACAUACGACCAUUCUCGUGUGAUACUCUCCGGAGAUGAAAAAACUGACUAUAUUAAUGCUUCAUUUGUCGACAGCAAAACUGACAAUUAUUACAUCGCGACCCAAGGACCCAAACCCAAAACAGUCAACGACUUUUGGAGGAUGAUAUUCGAACACAAGUGUCCAACUAUUGUGAUGUUGACGACAUUAAAAGAAAUGGGAAAGGUGAAAUGUGAAAAGUAUUGGCCAGAUGAAUCCAAGAUAUACGGUACGAUCCAGGUGACCAUCACCAAGACUAAAGCUUUUGCUGAUUACGUCUUGAGGUCUGCAGUAGUGAGUAAGGAUGGUGAGCAUCACAAAGUUCAGCAGUUUCAUUACAUUUCAUGGCCGGACUAUGGCGUGCCUCGUCAUCCAACACAACUAUUGACAUUUAGGAAGCAUUUCAAAUCUUAUCACAAGACAAAAGCCGGUUUUGCCGUCAUCCAUUGUAGCGCUGGUGUUGGUCGUACUGGAGUAUUUAUUGCCAUAGAUAAAAUUCUCGAUGAUCUUGAUGAUGAAUAUGAAACAAAUAUUGAUGUAUUUGGCUUUGUGAAAGAGAUGAGAUCGCGGCGAAUAAACAUGGUGCAAACAGCGGAUCAGUACAUGUUUAUUUAUGACGCUAUUAUGGAGCAUAUCCAAUGUGGAGUGAAUGAAAUUGAGGCUAUGCAAAUCAAGGCCGAGAUCGUACAUCUAUCAAAACAGCUUGGGAAUGGAAGAACUGGAUUUGAAGAAAUAUUUAAACGUUUACAAUCAGUUACAACAGAACUACCUGAAGAAGUUUGUGAAGCUGCACUUUUGAAUGACAACAAGAAAAAAAAUCGCAAUCCUAAAAUAUAUCCAAGUGAAUCUAAUCGUCCACACCUUAGCCACCUGGAUCAAAUCGAGAAUUCCGACUACAUUAACGCGUGUUUUGUUGACGGUUACCUUGGCAAGAAUUAUUUUAUUGCCACCCAGACACCUUUAAAAGAAACCAUUAACGACUUUUGGAGGAUGGUUUGUCAAUAUAAGUCUUGCACCAUCGUUAUGCUGAAUCAACUCAACGAAAACAACCAGCAAUAUCCAAUGUUUUGGCCUACGCAACGAGCCAGAGCUCAAUCGUUUGGUAAAAGUACCGUCUUGUUGGAUUCAGUUGUAACAAAAGAUGACAUUACCGUGAGAAAGUUUAUUGUUUCGCCUACGAUGGACAUUAAAAAUGGUCGUAUGGUCCGCAUGAUUCACUACGUAUCGUGGCCGGAUCAUGACGUUCCUAAAGAUGUUCACAGUAUGGUGGAAAUUUUAUCUGAAGUUGAAGAUUCACAAAGAGCUGCUGAUGUAAAGGGACCUGUCAUUGUUGUGUGCAGUGAUGGAGCAGGUCGAUCUGGAACCUAUAUUGCUAUCUCAAAUCUUGUCGACCGAGUCAAAAUUGUCCAAGCGAUGGAUGCCUUCCAAUGUAUCAAGCUGAUCCGGAAUAGACGCCCGCAGUUCGUCGAAACGGCGGAUCAAUUCAAACUCUGCUACCAUGCAGUGAACUGCGUAUUGGAGUUGUUCGACGACUACUCAAAUUUCUCGAAAAUAGUUUUAACGAAGAGAGUCCAAGUCAAGAAUUGUUAUAUGUUUGUAGAUGUAGAUCGUCCAGGUUGGUAAAAUCCUGAAAAAGACUGUUGGUGUUGAUGUUGACUGACGUUUCGACAAAGUUGACUCUAAAGAUGACUGCCGCUAAGGUUAUCGAAACCUAAGUUAAAAUCAACAACCGUCCUUCUCACGACUCUACUAACCUGGACAAUCUACAUGUGUAAAGAUGUAGAGUCCAGGUUGUUAGGAAACCUGAUGAGAGUGAAUAAUUCUGAUUAGGAUUUAAAAACAAUUUGAAACAUAACAUAAAAUUAUUAAGUUUAGCAGUGACGUAGCAUGUUUGGUCGUGUUAUAUCAAUUUUUUUGUGUUCACUUACUGUAAAAACAAUAGAUUUCUAAAGAAAUGAAUAAUGUUAAUGGUCUAAA